AUGGGGUGGCUACUAAGAACAAUGUGCUUUGCACACAUACUCGGAACUAUAUUUGGUUUAUUUGUGAAAAAUGCCAUGAAUCCUGAAGCUCACAUGAAUAUUAGUGAAAUUAUUUCCUACUGGGGCUAUCCAUGGGAAGUAUACACUGUUGUAACUGAAGAUGGUUAUAUCCUCCCAGUUUAUCGAAUUCCACAUGGGAAGAAUGAUUUUAAUAACUUAGCCCUAAAGCCAGCAGUACUGUUGCAACAUGGACUGGCCCUCACUGCUUCCAUCUGGGUUGUGAAUCCCCCCAACAACAGCCUGGCCUUCCUUCUGGCAGAUGCUGGCUAUGACGUGUGGAUGGGGAACAGCCGAGGAAAUACUCUGGCCAGAAGACACAUGUACCUAGACCCAGAUUCUAAAGAAUUCUGGGCCUUUAGUGUUGAUGAACUAAUAAAAUAUGACCUUCCAGCAACUGUUGAUUUUAUUGUGAAUAAAACAGGACAAAAGCAAAUUCACUACGUGGGGCAUUCCCAGGGUGCCCUUAUUGCAUUUGGAGCAUUUUCAACAAAUCUACAACUGGCUCAAAAGGUCAAAAUCAAUUUUGCAAUAGCCCCAAUUGCUACUGUUAAGUAUAUAAAGAGUGCUAUUCGUAUUAUCGCUUACAUUAAACCAUCACUGUUCAAGAUCCUGUUCGGUGAAAAAGACAUAGCCUCCGCUUCACCUGCUUCCACUGUUGUUCAGAACGUGUGCCAGCGUAAGAUACUUGGGAAAUUUUGUAAUCAUUUACUUACAUUGAUAUAUGGAUAUGACCCCCAAAAUUUAAAUGAGAGUCGCUUUGAUGUAUAUGCAGGACAGACUCCAGCAGGAACCUCAGUGCAAACUGCCCUUCAUUAGGCUCAGGCCAUCCAUUCUGGUGUAUUUCAAGCUUAUGACUGGGGAAGUCCAUCUCUAAAUGUUCAACACUACAAUCAGCUCACUCCUCCAUUAUACAAGGUGGAAGACAUGAAGGUUCCAACUGCAAUGUGGAGUGGUGGACAAGAUCUUAUGGCAGACCCAAUAGAUGUUAAAAAUUUGGAGGCCAAACUCUCCAAUCUCAUUUACCAUAAGAAGAUUUCUUACUUUAAUCACCUUGAUUUUGUAAUAGGUUUAGAUGUCCGUGCACAAGUUUACAAUGAAAUCAUUGCUUUCAUCCAUGAUGCUCAAACAGAUUGA